CGACCGUGCGCCGGUUCAGUAUAGUCAUCACUCAUACCGAAACGACGGUACUUCAUCCGCAGAGUGUUUGCAGCGUGCAAUUGCAGCGGCAUAACAGCAGCAUUUAGCGACGCAUUCCGAAGCGAUCGUAUUUCAGCCGAGCGUAGCCGGAAAAAAAGCGUUAUUGAGUCAAUAACAUAACACAUUAUAUUAUAUAAAUCGUAUAAUUAUAUUGUCAUGCCGAUCGUCAUGCCAGCCGCUUCGGCGCCCACAGAUUACGCGACCGCGCGCCCGGUCGAGCUAAUGGUGACCGCGUCCGCCUUGGACGAGAAGCCCUGUGGCCAAAGUCCGAUAAUGGAGUCGCUGUCGGCGGCGGUGUGCGGAUACAAAAGUGCACCGAACGCUUCCGACCACGAGGCGUUCGUCCGGGACGCGGUGCGUCUGAUGCUCGAGCAAGCUGUGUUCCGAGGAACGGACCGCCGUCGCCCGGUGCUCAACUGGAAGAGCCCGGAAGAGCUGCAGGCCGCAUUCGACUUUGCGCUCGACCGUUCGCCCACUACCCACGGCCACCUGUUGCACCUGAUCGAGGACACCAUCGAGCACAGCGUCAAAACCGGACAUCCGUACUUCAUCAAUCAACUGUUUUCCAGCGUCGACCCUUACGGCCUGAUCGGCCAGUGGCUGACCGACGCGCUUAACCCGAGCGUGUACACGUUCGAAGUGGCGCCUGUUAUGACCAUCAUGGAGGAAACAGUUCUGACGGAAAUGAGGAAGUUCCUGGGAUACCCCGAAGGCAAGGGCGACGGUAUAUUCUGUCCGGGUGGUUCGAUAGCCAACGGCUACGCGAUCAAUUGUGCCAGGUUUUCCGCUUUCCCCGAGGUCAAGACAAGAGGGAUGCAUGGAUUGCCGAGGUUAGUAGUGUAUACGUCAGCCGAUGCUCAUUACUCUAUCAAAAAAUUAUGUGCAUUCGAGGGAAUCGGUUCGGAUAAUUUGUAUUUGAUCAACACAGACACCAAAGGAAAAAUGGACGUGGGUCAUUUACGACAACAAAUUCAAAGAACAUUAGAAGAAAAAGCAGUGCCUAUUAUGGUGUCUGCUACUGCAGGUACAACGGUCCUGGGGGCGUUUGAUCCGAUAGCGGAAAUUGCUGACGUUUGUCACGAAUACGGAAUAUGGUUGCACGUUGACGCGGCUUGGGGAGGUGGAGCUUUGGUGUCAAAAAAACACAAACACCUGUUGAACGGCAUCGACAGAGCCGACUCAGUCACCUGGAACCCUCACAAAAUGCUCACCGCACCUCAACAGUGUUCAACGUUUUUGACCAAACACGAACGCGUGCUGACCGAAAGCAACUCUUCUUGCGCUCAAUAUCUGUUCCAAAAAGACAAGUUCUACGACACGACGUAUGACACCGGCGAUAAGCACAUUCAGUGCGGCCGCAGGGCGGAUGUGUUCAAAUUUUGGUUCAUGUGGAAAGCCAAGGGAACGGACGGAUUGGAAGCUCACGUUGACGAAAACUUUGACAACGCCAAAUAUUUCACCGAGAUGAUACGGAACAGAGCUGGUUUCAAAUUGGUACUCGAAGAACCGGAGUACACGAACAUUACAUUUUGGUAUGUACCACCGAGCCUGCGCGGACGUCAGAACGAACCGGAUUUCAAGAAUAAACUGCACAAGGUGGCGCCGAAAAUUAAAGAGAGGAUGAUGAAGGAAGGAACGAUGAUGAUCACGUACCAGCCAGCCGACGAUUUGCCGAAUUUCUUCCGACUUGUUCUUCAAAACUCGUCGUUAGAUCAAAAUGAUAUGGAUUAUUUCGUGAAUGAAAUCGAACGGUUGGGUUCGGAUUUGUAAUUAUUUUCGUUGUUAGUUCCUUACAUAGAUUUUUAAUAUAUUAUAUUUUUCACGCGCUGUAUUGUUCGUACACAAUCGAGCGCGAUAGGUAUACUAAAUUAUAUUAUGAUUAUAUUGUUGUAAUAUUGUUAAAUAUGUAAGCUCCAGUAUAGAGACAAAGAGAGUUUACUAUCAUUAGUGUAUUAUGAUCAAUAUAAUAUGUUACCAAAUAUAAUUUAUAAUUUAUAAUUUA